AUGGCGCUGCGCCGGCGGCAGCCGCCCGUGCUGAGCCACGAGUUCGUGCUGCAGAAUCACGCAGACCUGGCGGCGUGCGUGGGCAUGUUCUUCGUGCUGGGGCUGCUCUUCGAGCGCACAGCAGAGGCGUCCUUCGUAUUCCUGACGCUGCAGCACGGCGUCCCCGCCCCCGCCGAGGAGUCCCCGCCCUGCGCGCGCUACCGCUACGGCGCGCGCGACCUGGCCACCGUCUUCUUCUACUCGCUGGUGGCCGUCCUCGUGCAUGCCCUGCUGCGGGAGUACGUGCUGGACCGCGUGGCGCGCCGCCUGCAACUGCCCCGCGCGCGCCAGGGCCGCUUCAACGAGGUGGGCCAGCUGGGCGCCUUCUGCCUGGUGUCGAGCGUGUGGGGCUUCGCGGUGCUGCUGGCCGAGGGCUGCCUGGCCGAGCCCGCCCUCCUGUGGCGCGCGCCGCUAGCCACCAUGACCUUCCGCACCAAGCUCUUCUACGUGGCGCAGCUGGCCUACUGGUGCCACGCGGUGCCCGAGCUCUACUUCCAGCGCACACGCCCGCAGGACCUGCCGCGCCAGCUGGUCUACAUCGGCCUGCACCUGUUCCACAUCGCCGGCGCCUACCUGCUCUACCUGCACCACUUGGGGCUGCUGCUGCUCGCCAUGCACUACGCCGUGGAGCUGCUCACGCACGUGCGCGACCUCGUCCUUCUGGGCGACGACAGUCCCCCGCACGGCGUGUCGCUCUGGGCCGCUGCGCUCAUCCUGGGCCGUGUGGGGACCCUCGUGGUGUCCGUGCUCACCGUGGGCCUCCACCUGGCUGCGGGCCAGGCCCGGGACCCGGAUGCGGCGGCCCGCAACGUGAACGUGCUGGCGGCGAGGAUCGCCGUGCUCCUGUCCAGCUGCACCAUCCAGGCCUGCGUCGCCUGGGGCCUGGGCGGCACCCCCCUGCAGAGGCAGCUGGAGGGAGCCACCGCCGCCCUGCGCGCCCCCGCCGCCAGGAAGAAGCGGGCGAAAGGCAGGCCGUGCAGAAAAGCGGCCGAAAACGGCGUGGCCGCGUGGAGCAGACCGCACACUCCCCAUCUGAGGAAGGACAGGUCUCCGUAA